ACACACACACACACACACACACACACAUUCACACAGGAAAUUAAAGCACAGUAGACUUAAAACAAAAGCGUUCUUAAACUCCAGUGAAGAUGCUGACAGUAAUUCUCCUUUUACAUUUAAUCUGCAUGUUCUCCGAUGCUGAAUCUCCGUGUGAAUACAAAACAGCGGGCGAUAACGUUGUGAUCAAGCUGAAGAUUGAUGAAUUAAACCCGGACGACCACCUGAUCUGGAAGCAAAGCCAAAUAAAAGUGUAUGAGAGGAAAAACUCAGUUGUGAAGACGAAGAAGGAAGGGUUCGACAUCGACCAGUCUGGGUCUCUGAUCAUGGAGAAUAUACAGACUAACAAAUCUGGCACAUACAACGCUGAAGUCUUUCAAAGUAAUGGCAAAUCAAAAGCAAAGACUGAAAUCCAGCUUUGUGUACAAGAGCCAUUGUCUGAGCCUUCCAUCACAUUCCAGUGUGUGGAUGAAGGUGUGCAUCUGUCCUGCAGUGUCCCGGCCGGUGCAGAGAUGUCUGUGUCCUGGAUGAAGAACGGACAGAAAACUGACAAAGCACUUGCAGUUUUAAACGUGAGCUGGUCUGAGCUGGAACCUGGAGACUCUUACUCCUGCACCGUCAGCGACGGGAUCAACCAAAAGUCUGCUGAAUACGUCCAGCCGGCGUGCUCCAACACAGGCCUGAAAGCAGAAAACACAACAAACGCAGAUGGAGACAGAAAAAAAGAGGACAUCGGCAGCAAAAUAGAAAACAAUAGUGAUGAUGCGCAGAGUUUUCUCUUUGGUCUAGAUUUGUGGAUGGUAGUGCUGGUGGCGGUGGCCGGCGGAGUCUUCCUCAUACUCUUCAUCAUCUGUGUCGUCUGCAUCUGCUGCCGAAGGAGAAACAAGAGCAAGGCUGAAGAGGAGAAGGAGUUUCGCCUGGCGCCGCUGAUACCAGAUUAUUCCAACCAGCCGGAUGAGCAGUACAUGCAGCAGAGUGAAUCCAACAGGCCUUCAAAAAGCCAGCGACCGCUGCCACCUUUACCUAGUGUUUGAGCUCUAGAGUCAGCAGACAUACAGCAGAUGAAUAGCCUGGAUCUCCAGAGACUCUGGUGAUAACAACAUCAACACCAACAAACAAUGACAACAACAGUGAUGAUAACAACAACCACAAAACAAAAAAGAACAAUGACGACAACAAUAACAUCAAAACAACAAUAACAACAACAACAUCAAGAACAACAACAACAACAAUGAAAACAACAAUAACAACAACUGCAAAAAAAAACAUCAAAAAACACCUUAAACAACAACAGCGGUAAUAACACCACCGCCAACAAUACCAUCAUCAAAACAACAAUAACAACAUCAAGAACAACAACAUUGAAAACAACAAUAACAACAUCAAGAACAACAACAUUGAAAACAACAAUAACAACAUCAAGAACAACAACAUUGAAAACAACAAUAACAACAUCAAGAACAACAACAUUGAAAACAACAAUAACAACAUCAAGAACAACAACAUUGAAAACAACAAUAACAACAUCAAGAACAACAACAUUGAAAACAACAAUAACAACAUCAAGAACAACAACAUUGAAAACAACAAUAACAACAUCAAGAACAACAACAUUGAAAACAACAAUAACAACAUCAAGAACAACAACAUCAAAAACAACAAUAACAACAUCAAGAACAACAACAAUGAAAACAACAACAACAACUGCGAAAAAAUAACAUCAAAACAACACCACAAACAACAACAGCGAUAAUAACACCACCACCAACAAUACCAUCAUCAAAACAACAAUAACAACACCAACAACAACAUCAAGAACAACAACAAUGAAAACAACAACAACAACAACUGCGAAAAAAUAACAUCAAAACAACACCACAAACAACAACAGCGAUAAUAACACCACCGCCAACAAUACCAUCAUCAAAACAACAAUAACAACACCAACUACAACAACAAUGAAAACAACAAUAACAACAACUGCAAAAAACAUCAAAACAACACCACAAACAACAACGACAACAACAAUAAUCAAAACUACAAUAACGACAACUUUGUUAAAAUAACAACAAAAACCAACAACACUGAAGAUAAUGACAACAACAACACAACAACAACAACACCAAAACAACAACAACAACAACAACAAAACCAACAAUACUUACAACAAUGAAAACCAACAUAAACAACAAUACCAACAACAAAACAACAACAC